AUGCUGGCUACCGCGAGCGAGCUACCGAUCCCGACGCCCCAGCUGCAGGAUCCUGGAGACGAUCUCAACCUGGUCAGCCUUCUCCGGAGCAGGGUCGUCGCCCGAGAGCCAUUCGCGGCCGAAAGCUUCAUCCAGGAGGCGGAUGUCCACUCGGCUGCGCCUGCGGAGCUCGUACGCAACCAUGCUCCGGGCAUGGACCUCAGCGAGGGGAAAGAGAUGGCGUGGUACUUCUUCAGCCCCGCCAAUUACCACGAGACUCCGGGUGCACGGAGACGAAAGCGCAAGGUCGGCGGCGCUGACGCCGGUGCGACGUGCUGCUGGCACCCGGAGGCGGGAAAGGUGCCCAUUCUAGGCUCGGAUAAGAAACCCGUUGGGGCGUAUAAGCGCAAGCUCUCCUAUGUGCUCAAGAUCAAGAACCCGCCUGGUUCCGCAAAGCCGUAUCGAAACAAAAGCCUUGGUUGGAUCAUGGUCGAGAUUGGGCUCGAGCAGCAGCAGCCCCACCAGCAGCUAGUGCUCUGCAAGGUGUACAAGUCUCGCAGUCGCAGGGAUGCUGAAAUUUCCACCGAAGCCUGCAGCGUGGACGCCGACGACGAGAAGCCAUGUCCCGCGCCGCCGCCACCUGCUGCUGCUGCGUCGUUUGAUAGCCAGGUAACGGAACGUAAGACGACGACAUCGGCCUACAAUUUUCACUCGCCGAUGGACGCCCGGAAGCCGCACACUUUCAAGCAAGGCACUCGGUCUAGGCCGAUGGGAGGGAGCAGGAGUGGCGUGGCAAUUGUGAAGAAGUCGUCGCCGGCGCUGGCGGUGACCGUCGUGAUGAAAUUCGGUGGGUCACUGACGCAGUCGGCCGAUCGGAUGAAGGAGAUGGCCAAGCUCGUCCGCAGCUUCCCGGAUGGGGGCGGCGAGUCUCCGGUGGUUGUUCUGUCCGCCAUGGGGAACACCACCAACAACCUUAUACUGCUAGCCACAGGGAAGGCGCUGAGCUGCCGCCCACAAGAGGCGAGCGAAAUCCACGAGCUUGCCAUCACAAAGGAGCUGCAUUUCAGGAUGGUUGAAGAUCUUGGACUGCAUAGGUCGAUUGCUUCAGGUUCGUUGGAUGAGUUGGAAAACGUUUUUAUGGCUAUUGCUGUGAUGAAAGAGCUGACUUCUAAGACACGAGAUUACCUUGUUUACUUCGGUCAACACAUGUCCACAAGAAUAUUUUCUGCAUAUUUAAAUAAACUCGAGGAAGGAGCACGACAGGAAUGGGAAUCGUUUGCCGUCGAUACUUGUGGAAGGGGUGGUAGCGACUUGACUAUGACUACCAUUGGCAGAGAUUCGGGAUCAAGAGAAAUCCAGGUUUGGAAGGAUGUAAACGGCGUGUUGACGUGUGAUCCCAGUGUUUGUGCAAAUGCGAUACCAUUGCCCUACUUGACUUUUGAUGAGGCAGCUGAACUUGGGUUAUUUGGUGGACAGUCAAUGCAACUAGCUAUGGAAGGUGGCAUACCAGUUAUAGUUAAGAACUUGUGCAACCCUCAAGCACCUGGCACUAUGAUUACUAAAACAAGAGAUAUGAGCAAGAGUGUAUUAACAAGCAUUGUAUCCAGAUCAAAUAUUACCGUGCUGAACAUAGAGAGCACAAGGAUACUAGACCAUUCUGUUUUCUUAGCAACGUCCUUCUCAACCUUUGGAGACUUGGGCAUAUCCAUCGAUUGUGUGGCUAUUAGUGAAGCCAAGAUAUCCUUGAUAGUAGUUCCAUCAAAACCAUCAAGUCGUGAAUUGAUCCAGCUGGAGCUUAAUAAUGUUGUUGAAGAGCUUCAGAAGUUUGCAGUUGUUCAUCGUCUACAAGGCAAAUCAGUCAUCUCCCUGAUAGGGGGCACACAGACAUCGGCAACAUACUUGUAAAGGCGUUCAAUGUUCUACAGAGCAUUAAUGUUGAUGUCCAAAAGUUCUCUCAAGGUCAAGGGUCGUCCAAGGUGAUGAAGGUUUCCUUGGUGGUCGAUGACACCGAAGCAAAACAUUGUGUGCAAGCCCUCCAUUCAGUAUUCUUUGAGAAGGGCUUCGUAUCAGAAAUCCACGGAGCUGACCGGGAGCUUAAUGGGUCCCCGGUGCAAAUUCCAGUGAACUCACCUCCAGCACCAGCCAGUCCCGGCGACAAGAGAAAGGCAGAUGGUGACCACCUGGAGGCUUCACUGAGCGCGCGUAAGCCACAUAGGACGGAUAUUGACCGCUGCAGUAUUGUUAAGGAAAUAGAGCGCACGGCGUUCU